AUUGGAGAGGGAGCGGAGGCGAGAGAUCCGGCAGGCCAAGAAGAAGCAAGAGGAACUUGGUGAGGCGGAGGAGAGGUACAGGCUGGGCGGCGCCCGCUCCACGGCGCAGCCUUGGUACAUGCAGUCGAGGCCGGAGGAACACGAUCACGCUGCUGCAACAGGUUGGUAUUGUGCGGCAGUGUGUACAUGAAAGAAAUUAACUCCGUGCCUUGCAAGGUGGUGGUGGUGGUGGUGCUGCUGCUGCUGCUGGUGACAAGAAGAGGAAGAAGAGCUUGGAGGAGCUGCGAGCUGAAAGGUUGCAGAGAGAGGAGAGGGAGCGAGCCAAGGCACGCAAGCUGCUGCCCUGCACCAGCAGCAGCAGCAGCAGGAAGCACUACAACUCGAGCUUUGGGUUUGGCACGAGAUAAAGCUAGGUUUUGCUUGUUUUAGGGCUCUUGUUACAUCCGCAAUGGAAGAGAGCGUUGCUCCGCUAGUCACCCUUGACACCUCCAUGGGCUCUUUCACUCUGGAGCUCUACCACAAGCACGCUCCCAAGACAUGUCGAAAUUUCAGCGAGCUGGCCAGGCAGGGAUACUACGACCAGGUCAAGUUCCACCGCGUCAUCAAGGAUUUCAUGAUCCAAGGAGGCGACCCCAGUGGCACCGGCAGAGGAGGAGAGUCAAUUUACGGCCGGCAGUUCGAGGACGAGCUAACCCGGGAGCUCAAGCACACUGGAGCGGGUGUUUUAUCCAUGGCCAACUCCGGCCCAAACACCAACGGGAGCCAGUUCUUCAUAACGCUCGCCCCCACGCCGUGGCUCGAUGGCAAGCACACCAUAUUCGGGAGAGUAUGCAAAGGGAUGGAUGUUAUCAAGCGACUGGGAAACGUGCACACUGACAAGAGCGACAGGUUUGGCUUGAGCUUGUCAAGUCUUGCGUUUUCUCAUGCUCGUGCUUACAGGCCUGUUCACGACGUCAAGAUUCUCAAGGCCACCGUCGUGGACUGAAGUGCUCACUCAGAAUGCUGCCCAACCCGCGCCCUUGCUGCUGGUGCCGCCGCUGCUGCUCUUGUUGUUAUUGCUAGCCAAGGAAGGCAAUCCGGCCUGGAGCGCGAGCUCGUUUCCUUAGUUACCACCAGUUUAAAGUUUCAAGGCAAAGACACUUACUUGGA